AUGUCGAAGCGUCUUUACCGGAGAUCGAAUUCUUCGGAAGACGGCCACAGGCGUAGCGGCCAUUCCACAUCUUCUCAACCACCAGCAUGGUACUUGGAAAAUGAUCCAAUUCUCCAUCCAGCUCCUGGAUUAUCCGUUCCAUUCUCUCAACUUACCGAGGAUCAACAAGUUGCUAUCGCAAUGCGAAUGGCAUUAAUUUCUACAUUGCCCGCCUUCAUUUAUGCUGGUGAUGAGAAAGAUAGACUACCCGAGUGCGUGAUCUGUAUGUGCGAUUAUGAACCCGGCGACGAGCUGCGUAAGAUGCCUAUGUGCUCGCACAUCUUCCACCGCGCCUGCAUCGACGACUGGCUGACACGUUCGCUCACGUGCCCCUCCUGUCAGCAAGAGGUUCCCGUGCCCUCUUCCACGAAUCCCACCACUCCCGCUGCCGUUACCACCGCCGGUGCUGCCACUGCCACGACCUCUACCGGUGCAAGAUACACCACAGCUGGAAGUGCUGGAAGGGCGGAUGAAGGUGGUAUAAGUCAGCGAUCUGGUCCUUCUAACAUAGAUUUGAGGCAAGAAGCGCAGAGAAUUAAGGAAAGAUCGAAGGUGCGUAUUUGUCUUCCGGAUUAG